GUUGAUCAGGCGGCGCGGAGGAAGAGUGGGACGCAUUUGCUGCUGUAUACAAGAGCGGUGCCGUUACCCAAACGACUGGAGACUGCGACUGAGUACCGUUUCCUCAUGCGAUUGACGCAGAUGUUCAUGGCCGGGGCUGCGUUUGCUAGUCUUGCCACCGCCUCGUUCAAUGUCAACUACACUUCCUCAGUGUUGGCCGUUUCUGGCAUAAAUCUCAUGUGCUUCACUUCCAUCUCGUCUCUGUUCGUCUCGUUCGGAAGCAUUCUAGUCUACUGCUUCCCCGCGUUCAUCGGCGUCCCACCACACCGGCAUCCUCGCUUCAGCCGAGUCGAAGUCGGCGUCGACAUCCUCUAUUUCGGAUUCUGGGUAGCCGCCCCAAUCGUUCUCUUGAAAUACGGCCGUUGCCCCAGACUGACCUUCGGGUUAUCCCCCGAAUCGAUAUCCUGUCUGCCAUGGAGCAUGUGCACCGCCUUUGGAUUCGCCUGUGCGGCACUGUUUCUUGGGACUGUUGUGAUGGGCAUCAGGGAUCUGAAGCGGUAUGGGGUGUGGAACGCCGGCCGUGGGAAUGGUGUCAUGUGGGCGAGGGGUAGCUGGAAGGAG